GUCCCUCUCUUACAACAAGCUCUCUGGACCCAUCCCUGACACCAUCGGCUCCCUCACAAGCCUUACAAAUCUGGGGCUUCGUUCCAACAAACUCUCGGGCGCCAUUCCUCCCUCCAUUGCCUCGCUACAGAAUAUCAAUGCACUCGACCUGAGCUCCAACCAACUGUCUGGUCCCAUCCCCAAGGAGAUUGGUUCCAUGGUCGCCCUCACCAAACUUGAUAUUUCGGAGAACCAGCUUUCGGGCAACAUCCCUGCAACCUUUGGGGCACUCAUUAAAAUGAAAUUCCUAGACCUCUCAAACAACCUGCUUGAAAGCGUCCCUUCCACUUUGGGUGCACUCAGCGUGAUGUCUUACAUGUCCCUCUCUUACAACAAGCUCUCUGGACCCAUCCCUGACACCAUCGGCUCCCUCACCAGCCUUACCAAUCUGGGUCUUCAUUCCAACAAGUUAUCAGGCGCCAUCCCUCCCUCUAUUUCCUCGCUAAAAAAUAUCAAUGCUCUCGACCUGAGCUCCAACCAACUGUCUGGUCCCAUCCCCAAGGAGAUUGGUUCCAUGGUCGCCCUCACCAAACUUGACCUUUCGGACAACCAGCUUUCGGGAAACAUUCCCACAACAUUUGGAGAACUAAUGCAAAUGGAAUUCCUGGACCUCUCAAACAACCAGCUUGAAGACAUCCCUUCCAUUUUGGGUGCACUCAGUGUGAUGACUUACUUAGGGCUUCGCUCCAACAAACUCUCGGGCGCCAUCCCUCCCUCCGUUGCCUUGCUGAAAAACAUCAAUGCUCUUGACCUGAGCUCCAACCAACUGUCUGGUCCCAUCCCCAAGGAGAUUGGUUCCAUGGUCGCCCUCACCAAACU